AUGUCGGCCGAGAACACCACGAAUGCGGCUCCAUGGCUCCUUGAAGCUGUCGACAGCACGCACACUUGCCGAAUCUGCUACGAGGAAUUCAACGAGAAAAACAAGGUUCCUCGAAUUCUUUGGUGCGGCCACACAUUUUGCAUGCAAUGCCUCGUGUCAUGGAUGCGCGUCAAUCACGCCACUUUUCCGACGUGUCCCGUAUGCCGAAAAGUCACCAAGCAAGUGAUUACCUCGCUUCCGAUCAACUUCCAGCUAAUGCAGCUUUUGCAAAAGUUGGCGUUGACCGGCGAAAACGCAGAAGCUGAUGAUAUAUCAUCAACAGUCGCGACAACUGGAAACGAGACCGACAAUGCACCUGCCCGCCGUCCAACCGACUUCAGAAAUGUUGAUCGUUCAUCGUUGUCGCUUCUCGAAAAAAUCUAUGUGUUCCAAGAGCAAAUGCGCGAAUUGAAAGACGAUUUGUCGAACGAAAUUUACGAAUCAAUCACGAGAAACGACAACAACUUUCACUUGCAUCAAUGCACGGCGCAUAUGGAAGAAAUCGAGACUCAUAUUGAUUUUCUCAUCAAUGUCUGCGGCAAUGAUGCAUUCAAUGAAAUUAUCAGCGAUUCUGAGCUUGAUGAUGAGGACGAGAUUGACGACUUCGAUAAUUCAGAUUUCUCCGACACCUCAUUCAAUAUCGAAAGACGAAUCAGAGAUCGCGAUAUUGCCGUUGGAAUAACCAACAUGCUCUCCGGAUUCAACAUUCAAGAGCUGGCCUCGCCAUUCUGGAUCGAAAGCGACGACAUCUCGAGUCAAUACACAUUGGACAUAUUUGUGCCCGAAGUCAACGCGCAAGGCUCCAACGUGAUGCGUUGCGUCGUCUGCGAAUGCAUGGUGCCGCUUGGCGGCGAAGACGCGCACAUCAGCGGCCGUCGCCAUCAGCUGAACAACGAAAGAAGGCUUCGCAAUGAGCCGAUCAUCACCGCCGACGAGUGGAGAGAGCAGAACCAUAUGCGCUACGGGAGUCGUCAUAGGAACAACAAUUUGAAUCGGCAAUUCUGA